UCACGUUCCAUCUUCUAUUUCCGUUCUUCGUUCUCUGCAAUACUGAAAGAGAACGAACUUCGAGUUCGAGAUCCGUCUAGCAAACCGCUUCUUCUUUCUUCUCAUUUCUGAUGCUCAGUUCUCAGUUCUCAUGGAUAUGCACCUCAGUGAUUCAAGUACUUCAGCUCCAUCGCAUGCCACAUUAUCUGGCACAGGGGGAGUCUGUUUGAUGAGAAAUGCAUGGAAAGGGGAACAUCCAUCUGUUAUCAACUUUAUCUCCAGUUUCCUCUCUGCAAAUUCUUUUCGCCUUAACUUUGUCCCUAUUGCUCCAGACUUCAUUUUCAAUUGUGGGGGUUUGUCUGUAGCCUUUGUUUUUGUGACUAACUGGGAUUGCAACAAUGUAUCUCUGAUCUUCAGCAGAGUUCAGAAAUUGAGAACACAAUUUGCACGCUUUUAUGUAAUCAUCACACUCCCAGCUAAACAGCAAAUCGAUUCAUUUAUUCAGUCAUACUUCAAAUUUGAGAUGGUGAUUGGCAAGCCUACGUUUGUUCCAGUUCAGGACAUAGAGAUGGGGUUUGAAAAGAUGGUAAAAAUAGCUCAUUCAUCUGGAGUAUACAAGCAGCAGAAAAUUGGAGAGAAACUGAAAGCUGAGAGGAAGCAAUUGGUGCAAGGAAUGAACUUUUACCUUAAAGUGGUUACUUCGAUUCCAGGCGUUGACAAUCACGAUGCAAAUGCGCUUAGUCAAGCUAUUGGUUCUGUCCAAGCAAUUGCCAAGGCAUCAAAAGACCAAAUUCUGGAGAACACAGACCUUUCAGCUGAGAAGGCGGAGAUGAUUUCAAGGUUUCUGAGGGACCCCAAAUUUUACUCUUCUCCCAAGAUAACCUGAUGGCGCAAUAACAAGUUGGAAUCUUUUGUUUUUCUCCGACAACAAUAAAUAAUAAUAAGA